GACUUCUUCACUGUUAUUAUCUCUUGUUCACCUGAGAAUGGAAAAAGAAUGGGAAAGAAAGCAAAAGGAGAGACCAGAAUAGGGGAAAGGCUGAGAAGCAGAGGAAAAUGAGUGAAAUUGCAGCAGCAGCAGCAGGUUCCUUCCUGUCUCCAUUAAACAAGAAGGAGCAGAAGCAGUUGUAUAUUGGCAACUUUACCAUCGUGGUAGGGAGGAAACAAUGGCGGAUGCAAUCAAGAUCAUCAAGGCAGCAUGUGACGAGACAGAUAUCAGUGCGACAGCCUCAAACAUACUCUGCAACCAUCACUACCUAUAUACCUCUUCAUGAAUCACCAUCUCCUGCUGCUUCCUUUGAUAGGUGGAAUCUGGAGGACAAGCCGAGUGUUUUCCACGCUAUGUUUCCUGACAAACAGAGAAGCCAACAGCUUAAUGAGGAAGUGUGGAGAAUCCAAAUGCUGCCGAUAAACUUCUUACUCCUGACAGUAUGGCCAACAGUUGAUGUGAGGCUGAAGUGCAUAACUGCAGGGAGAGACUACCCACCACAAAUCACAAAGGUUAUGGAGUUCCAAAUUCGUCUCCGCCGCGCCGGCGCUCACCAGCAUCUCCGCCGCGCCGGCGCUCACCGCGUCCACCAGGUCUCCGCCGCGCCCGAGCUCACCGCGUCCCGACGAGAACCGCCAGCGUCUCCGCCGAUGUCGGAAUCGACGACCAAGGAGGGCUCGGCGGAAGGGUUGAGCGGCGAAGAAGGGAGAAGAAGGGAGAAGAAAUUGAAAUCGCAUGCAAAAUCGAAGAAGGGAGAAGAAAAUGAAAUCGCAUGCAAAAUCGAAGAAGGGAGAAGAAAAUGA